UAAAGACGAACGGUCGAUCAAGGAAGUAAAAUAGCCUUUAAUUGAGCGGAAGUGACGUUUUGCACAGUGCGUAAAUUGUUUGUUGUUACCACAGUUGUUCGUUGCGAAUCAUUUCUUCAUAUCCCAUAUCUUAACUUAGUCAUUAACCUAAUUGAUGCGAACAGUGAAAGUUUUCGUAGUCAACACUGUUAUUGAAUAAUCGCUUGUAAUUACUCUAGUUACCAUGGAAUCAUAAAGGAGUUCGUUUAACUGCUAUUUCUGGGCUGAACAAAAGGAAAACGCGCACUAUUGACUUUUUCGUUCCUCAACUGCUGUGACAUUUUAAGUGAACUGUCAUAACGUUCCACUGUUGUUUUACCACCUGCACAUUUCUGCUCUUUUGUACAUUUAUCAUUUUAUACAUACAUUCCGAUCAACCAUGGACUUCGCAGAUGCACAACAUUUUGAAGGUAUAUAUUUUACAGAAAGAGACUUUGAUUCACAACCUCAAGAUGUUGAAAUGGAAACUGAUGGUGGAAUUGGCGAAUCUGCAGUUGUCAAAUAUAACAUGGAUCGGAAAAAAGAGAAUCUGGCUUUAAUAAUCAAUAAUGAAACCUUCAACGAAUCGACUGGUAUGUCUAACCGACAAGGAUCCGACAGAGAUGCAUUAGCAAUUAAACAGGCAUUAGAGUCAUUACAUUUUAAGGUGAUUGACCGCAAGAAUUUACCAGUGAAAAGCAUGAAACAAAUCUUUAUGGAUAUAUCUGCGUUGGACCAUGCGAAUCAUAACUGUUUCGUUUCUGUUAUAUUGAGUCACGGCGAAGACGAUAACGAGAUAUUUGGUAUUGAUGGCAAAGUAAAACUAGACGAAUUAGUGGAGACGUUGCUUCCUGAUAGAUGCCCAAGUCUAAUAGGUAAGCCAAAACUAUUCUUCGUACAAGCUUGUCGGGGAACGAAACUGGACGGAGGUGCAGUUAUGCACGAUGCUGGCGGUUUUAGAGCCAAGCAUCAAAAUAUCAAAUCUCACAAAGUACCACUUUGGGCAGACGUUCUUCUGGCUUAUUCCACUGUCCCUGGAUUUUACUCCUGGAGGAACUCUACAAAUGGAUCGUGGUUUAUUCAGUCGUUAGCCCACAUUUUAGGAAGUGACGGAGACCAACAUGAACUGCAACGAUUAAUGAUUUCAGUAAAUCGUAAGGUUGCCUAUGAAUACGAGUCUAAUACUAACCACUCCCAUAUGAAUAAAAUGAAGCAAGUUCCUUGCAUAGCAAGCAUGUUAACUAAAGAAUUAUACUUUUACAAGUAAUUAUAUAUAUAUAUAUAUAUAUAUACAUACAUACAUACAAGGAUGAAUCAAAAGUAGGGCCCAGUUUCUGGGAAGUAUUGCCUUUCUUAGUUACUUUACAGGUCAUUACUGACUAUUUUUGAAAGUUACUAAAUGUGGAUCAUGUCGUGUUUUGUUGUCUGGAGUCAUUCUGUUUUAAUACCUUAUUAAUUAACACACUCACCGGUUCAGUUUCCACUCAUUUACCUAUUUAUUUAAUUUUUUUUUUCUAAAAUGUUCGUUGCUUCUUGCAAAUUCUUCAAUAGUUAUUAACUCUGUCAUGUUGUUAAUGUUCCUUGAUAUUCCAACCCUAAAACAGGAAUUGGGCGCUACUUCUGACUUACUUCGUAUGUAAACUCCUUGAAUUUUUUUCAAUUUCGUUUUAAAUUCUGCUGAAAACAUUUAAUUUCUUUUUUACUUUAAUAAUGGAGAAAAUUACUAGCCCCAUUUUUCGGCUAUUGACAAACGAUUUCUCUACGAUUAUAACGUAUACAGAUAACUUAAUAAAAUUGUAUAUUAAAAUAAUCGUUGUAUAUUUUUGGUUGUAUUGUAACGUAUUGAAGCAUUUAUGAGGACAUUAUUAAACCAGUGAGGUACUGGUUUAAGCACCCCAUAACUCUUCGUAACUUUUUAAAAUAUUUUUUGGAAUCUUCAGCAAAUUUUUGUGAAUUUGUAUUCUACACGCUUGAAUUGAUACUAUCAUGCGAUUGUCUUUUAAAUUCUUUAACCCUUUUCCCCCAUUAAUCCUAAAAUUUCCACUCUUUUUCGAUUUUCUUUUUUUUUUGCUUCAAUCUGUUUAAAAUACAGAGAGUCCUAAUCUGUCAUUUGUUUGUUUAUAAUUUCAAACUAAUUGUUGAAAUCCAAAUUUAAAAAGUUAAAAAUAUUCGCGUGGCCUAUUAUAGCUUCUGGAUCGAAACACACCAUGUAACCCGCCUAACCGGUUAUAAUUUUUUUACCUUUUGGUAUUUUCAGACACCCUGGACCUCGCACAAUUAUGCAAAAACAAAAUUUUCGCCCCCAUCCCCCAAUCCUUACGGAUGCUCAAAUUAGACUUAACCCGUAUCGAUCGCACAGGUAUUGGAGAAGCAUGUAAAACAUCAUUUAUUUUACUAGCAUACUUUUCUGAUAGUAAAUAUUUUUUGUUUUCCUUAUACAUAUACAAACACUGGCGUAGCUGGAGUAUGUGCCGCUCCCGAACCCCAUAAAAACCACGUAUUGCCUACAGCAGACCUAUAAGUCCCGCCCUUUAAAAGUGCCGACCGCCUGCCCCACUAACUAUGCUGGUGUAUACAGACACUUGCUUGGUGAGUGGGGUGGGGUAAGAAUUUAAAUUGCAAAAAGUUUUUUUUGUUGUUGUUGCUUAACGCCCAGCGAUGGUCCGUCUUUGGCCGCAUCGUCAUUCUAUUAAAUGUGUUUAUGGGGAGAAAUAUAUUAAAAAACAUCAAUACAUGUCAGAGUGACAAAGAAACAAGGAAGGUAUCAGGUAGUUGUGGGAUGUGCUAAAAACAACAGUAGAAUCUCCUUUUAAAUCACACCUUUUUGUCGGAAAAUUGUUUUGAAAUUAUAAACAGAAAGAAAUGGCAGAUUUACACCGUCCGUAUCGCCCGCCAUUUAGGCGAUCUCUCGCUUUGACUUGCAGAACUGUCAUCCGGAUCAACUAGUUUUGUUCGUUAAUUUCCUUAAAAAAAUUUUAUUUAUUUACUUUUGUUUUCAAGUGAAAGAUGUACGAACGUGUAUAUGAAAUGGACUUGUAUAAGAGAGAGAGAGUGCCACUUACACAUACAUGAGAACACACAUGUUCACUCACUCACUCACAUACACACGCACAUACAAAAAAGAUGUAUGCAUACGUAUUGAUGUAUGUAGGUAUUCCCAUAUCACGAAACAUUUCCGAAAAUUCCCCUAAAUAAAAAAGGUUAUAUGAGUUUCUUAAACCAGAAUUCUGCCGAAAAGGAAGUGAGGGAAAGGAAGAAUAUUGAAGAAGGUCAGGUAAGAAAAAUUAGAUGAAAGGGACUAAAUAAAAAGUUAUAUAUAUAUAUGGGGGGUCCAUACCUUCAAGUUAAGAAUUUUUUAUUUACUCCUGGAAGAAUGCAUUAAUUAUUUUAGCCUGGCUGUGUUUGUAGACAGUUGAAAAGAAUACUUUUAACAAAAAACAAAAAUAAUCAAAUAGCAAUGUAGUUGUGGGUGAGCCCCCUUUGUCUCCUGGCAACCAAUAUUUUUAGACCCAGUCUGCCACUGUACAGGGUGUCCACAAUGUCUGGGUACAUGGAGUAAAUAAAAUCAUAACAUAAACAGUUUAAUAUAAGAAAUAAUAAUUUCUUAAAGUAUGUGUUAAUCUCCAUGUACCCAGACUUUGUGGACACCCUGUAUAUUAUUUUGAAUAUCAUUCAGCCCUACCUUGGCUUUGAGUACAGUUAACAAUAAAUUGAUGUAUAUUCUUUUCUUCGUUUCACUCAUUUGACUGUGGCCAUGCUGAAGCACCGCCUCUAGUCGAACAAAUCGACCCCGUGACUUAUUCUUUGUAAGCCUAGUACUUAUUCUGUCGAUAUCUUUUGCAGAAUCGCUAAGUUACGGAGACGUAAACACACCAACAUAGGUUGUCAAGGGAUAGUGGGGAAACAAACAGACAGACACUCACAAAUAUAUAUAAAUAGACAGGCUUCUUUCAGUUUCCGUCUACGAAAUCCAUUCACAAGUCUUUGGUCAGCCCGAGGCUGUAGUAGAAGACACUUGCCCAAGGUGCCACACAGUGGGACUGAACCCGGAACCAUGUGGUUAGGAAGCAAGCGUCUUACCACACAAUACAUACAUAUGCACAAAUACAAUAAUUACUCGCCAUAUCGCAGUUCACCUAUCGCACCUGCACUACAUCGCAGAGUUUCCAGGCUAGUAUAUGUAAAUUUCAUUAGGUCUUGGGCCCAACAAUGACACUUCAAGCAUUGAGUACACAUUAAAUUUUAUUAAACCUGAAUAAUAUUUUUCAAGCAAUGAACAAUUUUUAUCAAAACAAGGGUAUAAUUUGGAACUUAUUGCAAAGCUGCAUGAUAAGUAGCAAUACCAUCGCCACCACAUCUGCCAUACACAUACCAUUCAGCCUUUUUUGUGAUGGUAAUGGAGCGAUAGUAACAGUACGAGCUGUAGUAGUGAUAGAGGUGGAUGCAAGGGUGAGGACGGAAGUGGUGGUAGCCGAAGCAGUCAGGGAUGACGGUGAGAGUAAGUGAUGUGAAAGACAGUAGUGAUGAUGGUGGCGUCAGAAGUCUGAAUGGUGUGUGUAUGGCAGAUAUGGUGGUGGUCAAUGAAUUCAGUGUUCAGUCCCUCUUUCUCUCACAUACCCACUCUUUCUCUCUUGUUAUUACUCCCACUGCCACCAUCAACACUACUACUUUUAAUAAAACAAAAAAAAAACAUCAUCAACAGUAGAAGUGUUAUUGAAUAGUGAGAGAGUGGGGUCAAAGUGUGACACACUGAAAUUAGUUUCCGCAUUUGUUAUAUUAGAUAAAUAUAUACAAAUUAUAAAAAUUUAAAAAAAAUAUACAGUAUUGUUUUUACUUCGCAUAUUUUCACUUAUCGUGAGGGGGCUGUUUGGAACGUAACACCCACUCUGUGUGUGUGUAUAUAUAUAUAUAUAUAUACAAUUAAACCUUGGGAGAGGCAUUAAGCCGGUAAUAAACACACGCACUGGUUCAGUCCUUUAUUAAUUUAUAUGGUUUUUUGUUAAAUUAUUUCAUUGCACUCUUGCAAUCUCUUCAGUAACUUGUCUCUCCACUUCCAUUUAUUUUGAAUGUAAAUUUCAUUGCACUCUUGCAAUCUCUUCAGUAACUUGUCUCUCCACUUCCAUUUAUUUUGAAUGUAUGAUCAUACAUUCAAAAUAAAUGGAAGUGGAGAGACAAGUUACUGAAGAGAUUGCAAGAGUGCAAUGAAAUAAUUUAACAAAAAACUAUAUAAAUUAAUAAAGGACUGAACCAGUGCGUGUGUUUAUUACCGGCUUAAUGCCUCUCCCAAGGUUUAAUUGUAUUUCUUUCAACACACGUAUCCACAUCAAGAAUCUUGCACACGAAAUACACAUACGAAAUAUAUACAUAUUGAAUUUGUUUAUGGAAAAUGUUUUGAAUAUACAAAUAAAGCUUCUAUUCUCUUAAUGCCAGCCACAGUCUAGUGUAUCAAUAUAUAGUUGAAAAGGGAUUAAGAAUCUAUAUAUAUCAAAGGGUUCAAGCGGUGGAGAUCAAGAACUUUAUUGAAUCGACCCCCUUUAAAUCCAUUUAAUACAAUGUAUACAUACAGCCGACCAUAUUCUGAAUAAAAAACAGAAACCUGCCAAUCAAUUCUAUAAAAAAUUUUGACAAUAAAAUAAUUCGUUCCCCAACAUGUUUCCAAAAAACAAAACAAACACACUACAAGAGAGAAACAAUUUCUUCCAAACUCUUUCAGACCUUCCUGUAUUCACUUAAUACAGGGAUUUUCAAACUUUUUGACUUGCGGACCCCUUUGUAUUUCAAGCUUUACCUUAGAGACCCCCUUAUAAACGCUUAUGAAAUUUAUGCAUAAAUAUUUGCUUAAAAUAACAUAUAUUUUUACAUUUAUUUAUUUAACAGUAUUUAACAAAUAGGUUUAUUGUCAAUUAAAAGAUUUCGAUUAAAAAACAUAUAUAAAAUCAAAUUGCCCAUAAAAAGUAUUUGCUGUCCACGGACCCCCUGUCUUGUCCUUGCGGACCACAGUUUGAAAACCCCUGACUUAAUGCAUACACAUACACACACACACAGCUGACCGUAUCAAUAGAAUUUCUGACAAUUGAUCCAUUGCAUUCCAUUCUAGACCCACAACAUAAACAAUACGUAUAAGAAAAGACUAAGAUAAAAUAUCGAACCUGUUUAUUACUAUGCACUGACUAUGGGAACAAGCUGUUUUAAUUUUCAAUUUUUUUCUUAUUUCCUCAUUGUUUGACUUUGAAUUUUUAAUAUUUGAUAAGAUGGACAAACAUCGAAAUCGGAUAAAACUGAAGGUAACAAAUAUAAAAAUACUUAUUCUGUACAAUUAAAGGAAAGUAAAGUAUUUUUAAAAUUC